AUGGUGAAGAUUUGCUGCAUUGGUGCUGGAUAUGUGGGGGGUCCUACAAUGGCAGUUAUUGCACUGAAGUGCCCUUCCAUUGAAGUGGCUGUUGUUGAUAUCUCGAAAUCCCGGAUUGCAGCCUGGAACAGUGACCAGCUUCCUAUCUAUGAACCUGGUCUUGAUGGUGUUGUGAAGCAAUGCCGUGGCAAGAACCUCUUCUUCAGCAGUGAUGUUGAAAAGCAUGUCUUUGAGGCUGACAUAGUGUUUGUCUCUGUGAACACCCCAACUAAAACUCAGGGUCUUGGAGCUGGCAAAGCUGCAGAUUUAACAUAUUGGGAGAGCGCAGCCAGGAUGAUUGCUGAUGUCUCAAAGUCUGACAAGAUUGUGGUUGAGAAAUCGACAGUCCCAGUCAAAACUGCUGAGGCCAUAGAGAAGAUUCUGACCCACAACAGCAAGGGAAUCAAAUUCCAGAUUCUAUCAAACCCUGAAUUCCUUGCUGAGGGAACUGCAAUCCAAGAUCUCUUUAACCCAGACCGGGUUCUUAUUGGAGGCAGGGAGACACCAGAGGGCCAAAAGGCAAUUCAAGCUUUGAAGGAUGUUUAUUCUCAAUGGGUUCCCAAAGAAAGAAUUCUGACCACAAAUCUCUGGUCAGCAGAACUAUCUAAGCUUGCUGCCAAUGCUUUCUUGGCCCAAAGGAUUUCAUCUGUUAAUGCCAUGUCAGCACUUUGUGAGGCUACUGGGGCGAAUGUUCAACAGGUGUCCUAUUCUGUUGGUACAGACUCCAGGAUUGGACCCAAGUUCCUCAAUGCAAGUGUUGGUUUUGGUGGAUCAUGCUUCCAGAAGGAUAUCUUGAACCUUGUUUACAUCUGUGAGUGCAAUGGGCUUCCAGAGGUCGCCGAGUACUGGAAACAAGUUAUCAAGAUCAAUGACUAUCAGAAGAGCCGUUUUGUGAACCGUGUGGUUGCAUCAAUGUUCAACACCGUUUCAAACAAAAAGAUUGCCAUUCUUGGAUUUGCCUUCAAGAAAGACACCGGUGACACGAGGGAGACCCCUGCCAUUGAUGUAUGCCAGGGGCUCCUUGGCGAUAAGGCCAACCUGAGUAUAUAUGAUCCACAAGUAACCGAGGACCAAAUUCAGAGGGAUCUAUCAAUGAACAAGUUUGAUUGGGAUCAUCCUAUCCACCUGCAGCCGACAAGUCCCACUACUGUGAAGAAGGUAAGUGUGGUCUGGGAUGCCUACGAAGCAACAAAGGAUGCACAUGGUCUUUGCAUUCUAACCGAGUGGGAUGAGUUCAAGACUCUUGAUUACCAGAAGAUAUUUGACAACAUGCAAAAGCCAGCAUUUGUUUUUGAUGGCAGAAACAUUGUGGAUGCUGAUAAGCUACGGGAGAUUGGAUUUAUAGUUUACUCAAUUGGUAAACCUCUGGAUCCAUGGCUCAAAGACAUGCCUGCUGUGGCAUAA